AUGGCAAAUCAAAAACUGCAAGAUUGGGGUUUACCAGAAUGCAUACGAAACAAUUACACUGCAGUUGGUUUAACUGAUAUGUUCGCAUGGCAGGCUGAAUGUUUAUCUUUGCCUGGAGUUUUAGAUGGUAAAAAUCUGAUUGUUUCCGCACCUACCAGUGCUGGUAAAACUCUUAUUGUUGAAAUACUGAUGGCAAAAAGAGUUUAUGGCACAGGGAAAAAAGCUUUGCUGGUGUUUCCAUUUGUAUCUCUAGCAAGAGAAAAAAUGUUUCAUCUGCGAAAUAUUUUUGACGGUACUGGACUAAAUGUUGAUGGUUACAUGGGUGGUAUGUCGCCACCCGGUGGAUUUUCAUCCGUAGAUAUUGCAGUGUGUACCAUCGAGAAAGCAAACAGCAUUUUAAACAAACUUAUUGAAGAGAAAUCCACUGAACAACUUGGUAUGGUGGUGGUAGAUGAGUUACAUAUGGUGGGCGAUGAUGGGAGAGGGUACUUGCUUGAACUACUGCUUACUAAGAUAAGGUACUUGAAGACAAAGGAAAUUUCAAUAAAAACUCCACCAUGCCAAAUCAUAGGGUUAAGUGCCACAGUUACUAACUUGGGGUUAUUUGCUACUUGGUUGGAUGGUUUAGUGUAUGAGACAAAGUUCAGACCCGUCCCACUAUCAAGAUAUGUAAAGAUUGGGAAAGAAAUUUUUGAUGAGAAGUUAAUAAAAUGUAGAGAUUUUCAACCUCAAGUUACAUUCAAUGAGGAUGAUGACGACAUAACUGCACUAUGUUACGAAACAAUCUGCAAUAAUCACUCCGUUCUAUUGUUUUGCCCGACUAAAAAAUGGUGCGAAAAUCUCGCAAACUUGAUAGCAAGAAAUUUUCAACAAAUUAAUGGCACUAAAAUUGCAACCGCUGGUCGAGCUGGCAUACUGGAACAAUUAAGAAGAUCUCCUGCCGGUCUCGAUCCAUUGUUGCAUGCAACUAUUCCUAUUGGGGUGGCUUAUCACCACGCUGGUUUAACCACAGAGGAAAGGGAUAUAUUAGAAUCUGGAUUUCGACAAAGUUAUAUCCUUGUGCUGGUUGCUACAAGUACUUUAUCUUCAGGAGUAAAUCUUCCGGCGAGAAGAGUCAUUAUCCGGACUCCUAUCUUCCAUCGAGCGUUGAUCGAUCUCAGAGUUUAUCAACAGAUGACAGGAAGAGCUGGAAGGAAGGGAGAGUCUGAUACGGGAGAAAGUAUAUUAAUUUGUCGCACCAAUGAAAGAAAUCAAGCGAAAUUAUUAACACUUAGCGAUAUACCUCCAGUGAAAAGUUGCUUGGUUGGGAAACUACAAAAUAAAUCAACUGUUAGAAUGGAAAGGGCAGUACUAGAGGUCAUAGGAAGUGGUUUAGUUAGCAAUAUACAUGAAGUGAUGGUUUACAUACAAUAUUCAUUUCUUCAUGCGCAGUUGUCAAGUGAAACUACAAGUUCACAACGCCGACGUAGGUCAUCUAAUCACGAGUUAAAACUAUUAGAUGACAUCGUACAUACUUGUGUGGAAUGGCUGGUGAAUAAUGAAUUCAUUUACCUUCAACAAUGUGAAGAAAAAGGCCAAUCAAUGUCCAAGAAAGUGAUGGCUACACAAUUUGGUCGUGCCUCGUUAUAUUCAUCCUUACCAACCGACCAAUCCUUACAAGUACUUGCUGAUUUACAAGUAGCUUCCAGAGCGUUUGCUUUGGAUUCUGAACUGCAUUUAAUUUAUCAGAUUACACCCCUGAAUGUGUUAAACGACUGGCUAUUUAUUGAUUGGUCACAAUAUUUAUCAAUCUACGAGAAUUUAAAUGGACCCCACCAGCGGGUGGCAGUGUUGGUUGGUGUGGAGGAAGGCUUACUUACAAGGUUGGCAUCGGGUGGCGCUAGAGGUGCACGGUUUUCAACUAAGCUGCAACAGAAGAUUACAAUACAUAAAAGAUUCUAUGCAGCUUUAAUAUUGCAAGAUAUACUCCAAGAAGUUCCUUUCACAUCAAUAUGUGAUAAAUAUGAUUGUAAUCGUGGCGUGAUACAAGCAUUGCAACAAUCUGCUGCAUCAUUUGCAGGCAUGGUAACUUCAUUUUGCCACGAACUUGCAUGGUGGUGUAUGGAGUUAUUAUUCAAUGAAUUCCAAUCAAGACUGUUGUUUGGUGUACAGCGUGAACUACUAGAUCUAACUAGGAUACCAUUGUUAAACAACAAGAGAGCACGAGGUUUAUACUUAGCUGGCUUCACUUCAUGUAAACUAGUGGCGGAAGCUAAUUCCUCAGAAGUGGAAAACAUACUGAGGAACAUACACAAGUUUCAGAGCAAGAAACACCUGUAUGGUGAUAAUGCAUGGGAGGUAGAAGAAAGAAAAAAACUUCAUGUGAUUAAAAUAAUUGGAAGUACCGAAGGAUUGACGGAGGCAGAAGCUGCUGUUGCCAUCAUUGCUCAUGCUAAAGUUUUGUCUGAUGCUGAAGGUAUUGGAACAUAUUUGUCCAAAUCUCGUCUUUCUACACAAACUGCUCACAAAGCUACACAACCUGUCAAUCAAACCACCCAGCAUGUCAAUCAUUCUACUACCAACCACUUUAGUCAAUCCAUCAAUUUCCCGUCAAACCAAGCUGUCAAUCAAACUAUAAACCAACCUGUCAAUCAAACCACCCCAAAUGCCAGUCAUUCUACCACAGGUCAAUUCAGUCAGUCUAUUACCCUACCCCCAAACCAACCUGUCAAUCAAAGUUUCAACCAACCUGUCAAUCAAAGUUACAACCCAUCUGUCAAUCAAACCACCCCAAAUAGCAGUCAUUCUACUACGGGUGCGUUCAGUCAGUCUAUUAACCUACCCCCAAACCUAUGUGUCAAUCAUUCCUACAACCAAUCUGUCAAUCAAAGUUUCAACCCAUCUGCCAAUCAAAGUUACAACUCAUCUGUCAAUCAAAGUUUCAACCUAGUGUUAACCCCACACACCCAUGAUAGUCAGAAACUGAGCGACCAAAGUAAAGUUUCGAAUAUCUCAAUUUCGAAUGUGUUUUCGAAUUAUUGCGCAACAAUUGAAGACUCACGUGUGGCUCAUGAAAUCUCCCGUGAAUUAUCUGUAUCAUUAUGUGAAAAUAAUGAAACUCAUGUUGUCACCAAACAUUCAACACCUUACGUUAGUAGAAUGUCAUUGGAUUUAUUUCAAACAAGUUUCAACGACUCGGUUGACCAACAAAAAGCUUCACCAGACAUGCAGGUUAGAAAACCAAAGAUUCCAUCCUGGUAUACCAACAUUGAACUUAAACCUGGUGAAAAAUAUAAAGUGUUUAACAUUGAUCACGAAAAACUCAGCGAUUUCUUCCAUAUUUGGGCAAAUGAGACAAAGUUUGCAUUUUCUGUAAAUGUCCAAACUUGUACAUCUGAAAAAGAUCCCAAACUUGUUGGUUUAUCCUUAUGUUGGUCACCCACUGUGGUUUACUAUCUUGAUAUUCAGAUUCUCAAAACAAGACACCCCAGUGUAAUAGAAGAUAUUCAAAAUAUCUUUGAAAGUUUUGAUGAAGACGUUAUACAAAUUGCGUUUUGUAUAAAAGAUCAGUUUAAAUGGAUGUUAAAUAGUGGUGUACAUGGUGUUACUACGUCAAACAAUUGGCAGGAUCCUAUGAUAGCUAGUUGGCUGAUGGAUCCUGACAACAUUAAACAAGACACAAAGUAUGAUUGGGAUGUGAACAGACCAUCGUACACCAGUGUUUCCAGUGAAAAAGUAUGUUGCGUUGAAUCAAUAGCUUCAUAUAUUCUUAUGUUGCAACUGGAAGAACAACUUUCUGGCAUGAAUAUGUGGCAACACUUUACUGGAGUUGAGAUGCCACAUAUGUAUUGUGUUGCACUUCUAGAACUAAACGGCAUAGAAGUAGAUAAUUCACUGUUAAAAAGAUAUAGGUUAGAAUUGCACUCGGCAUCACUGGCUCUGCAAGAAAAAGCUUGGAAAAUCUUAGGAAGAAAAUUUAAUCUUUCAAACCCUAAAGAAGUUUCCAAGGUAUUUUCCGUUUUGUAA